AAAACAUUAUGUUAAGGUCAUUCCUCAUCAUCGCUACGAUGAAUACAAGCAGUUUCACAGUGCUAUGUCUGCUGAUCUUACACAGAAACGUUGCCCAACUGCUGACGAAAUCCAACAAUUAUGAUGACGUCAGCAAACAGUGCAUAGACAGGGAAUUAAGGAUUCUUAAAAAAAUAUUCAUGGAGGAAAUUGCAAAAUUCAGACUAGAAAUGAAAUCUUUACCUGUCAAUACUGAACCGUUUGUCAGUUGUCCGGCUGGAUGGAUUCAAUUUCAAAGUUCCUGUUAUAUCUUUGGGUACGACUACGGAAAUUGGACUCACGGGAAAAAUCAAUGCGAGAGAAAGCAUGGAAGCUCAAAGUAUCUGAGAAUCACAAGUAAAGCAGAAGAUACUUUUAUUCGGGACUACGUAAAAGGCCAAGGACUCACAGAUUAUAAAACACGUGAUUUCUGGAUAGGAGGAACAGAUGCUGCACAGGACGGGGUGUUCAUGUGGGAGGGUCACUCUCAGGAGUUUACGUACACCAACUGGGGUCCCGGGAACCCAGACCGAACUGGCACAGCAGAUUGUGUUAUCCUGUUUCAGCGUUCACAAUAUAAAUGGCACGAUACCAGCUGUUCUAACGACAAUAGUUACAUCUGCGAAAUUGAGUUGUAGAUUAUAUAUUUAGAUUCUUGAAUUAUUAAUGAUACAGUCACGUGACAUUUUGUACUUUCGGGGAUGCUCACUCCUCCAUGGCACCUGAUCCCACCUCUGAUGUUUUGGAGGUCAGUGUUUGCUCUCUCUUAUGUUGUAUUGUUUUAUGACUUUGAUAUUGAAUACUGUUCGUUAUUUUCAUAUCCUUUAUUUGUUAAAAAGGCUUGAGCACGUAAGGUAUUUUAGUAGCCAUAAUCUGAUAUUACUGAAUGAAGUUCAUGUAAAUACUAACGUCCUAGUAUGAUAAAAGUACGUAACCUUGUAGUUUUUUUUAGUUUUUGUAUUUUUUUACCACAGGAAAUAAGAUCACCAUUUACAAGGUAGUCUUUAAUUAGUGAGCACAAUAUAUAUAUAUUGACAGCAUAUCUUAAGAUCAAAAGUAGGAUAAUCAUAUUAUCGUAAAAAUGUUACGCCAGAUCUUUUAUAAAAUAUAUGCAUACAUUAUAGCUACAUAACUGUAGCUCUAUAGUUUAAUAUAAAACCAUAACGCUACAGUUCUGUAGCAACAUGUAUGUAUAUGAAAUUUGCGAUUAAUUUAUUUCAGUUUUUGUUGCCGGUGUUUAAACGUCGAUUGACGUAUAAUAAUGAAUAACAAAUAUGCUGUAUCUCCAUUUUUUCUGCACAUAAUUCAUCUGUUGUAAUACCUGUCCUUCCCCUUUUCGUUUACAUGUUUCAACAGUUCAAAAGGGAAAACCUUAUCAGAAGUAAGAAUGGACUCUGUGAACAUGAAAUGUGACAUACCGGUAUUUUAAAUAUCUUCUCAUUGUUUUUCUUUUCCAAAAUGAAAGAAAAAUAUAGAACUUUCUUAACACCUCCUUAGUAAUCCUUCCAGGCCGGUUAUUCUACGACUCCUCUCACGUUGAAAAAAGAACCCCUUCCUAGAAAUUCGUAAUUCCUAUUUUUCACAAUAUUGUAUAAUAAAAUCUUUUAAAAUGAGAUAUUAUACGCGUUAAUCCUGGGGCUCAAGGGGGGAUAGUUAAGAAGACUGCCUUUUCCUCAAAUCAUGCACUGCAGCAUGGUUCUAAUUAGUCUUGCUCUGUCAUUUAAAUAAAGUAUGUGGACAUUA